UUCGGUUGAGAGGAAGUCACCAUAUUGAACCUAUUAACGCUUGCUUCACCUAUCAGUCAGAAGUACCAAUAAGCUCCCUUGGGCUAGAGGGAUCACUUGUGAGCUGCCGUGAUUGUCAUAGACAAGGAUUUUUAGCAAUAGAACCAUGGCAGUGGAGCUCUCCACAUCCAUAAACAUCAAGGAGCCUCGGUGGGACCAGAGCACUUUUGUAGGGAGGGCUAAACACUUCUUUACAGUCACAGACCCCCGGAACAUCCUUCUAUCCAACGAUCAACUGGAAAAGGCCCGACAGAUCAUCCAUAACUACAAACAAGGGAUUGUCACUCCAGGUCUCACAGAGGAUGAGCUAUGGAAGGCCAAGUACAUUUUUGACUCUGCGUUUCAUCCAGACACAGGAGAGAAGAUGAUUCUGAUUGGCCGAAUGUCCGCUCAGGUUCCAAUGAACAUGACCAUCACGGGGUGCAUGAUGACAUUCUACAAAACAACUCCAGCCGUGGUGUUUUGGCAGUGGAUCAAUCAGUCGUUCAACGCCAUAGUAAAUUACACCAACAGGAGCGGCGAUGCUCCCAUUACGGUUAAUCAGCUUGGAACAGCCUAUGUGUCGGCAACUACUGGAGCAGUUGUCACUGCUUUAGGACUUAAUGCUCUAUCAAAGCAUGUGUCCCCACUGUUGGGACGAUUUGUGCCCUUCGCUGCGGUGGCAGCUGCUAACUGUAUCAAUAUCCCUCUUAUGAGGCAAAGGGAGCUUAAACAUGGCAUUCCAGUUUUAGACGAGAACGACAACAGACUAGGAGAGUCCUCGAAAGCGGCUCAGCAGGCCAUCACACAGGUGGUGGUUUCUAGAAUUCUUAUGGCAUCUCCUGGAAUGGCAAUCCCACCAUUCCUAAUGAACACGCUGGAAAAGAAGGCUUUCCUAAAGAGGUUCCCAUGGAUGAAUGCUCCUAUUCAAGUCGGCCUGGUGGGAUUCUGCCUGGUGUUUGCCACUCCACUCUGCUGUGCACUCUUUCCCCAGAAAAGCUCGAUGUCCGUGAGCCGCCUGGAGCCGGAGCUGCAGGAGAAGAUCCGCGCCAACCACCCCGGAGUGGAGAGAGUGUACUUCAACAAAGGUCUAUGAAGGGGAGAGUGAGCGGCCCUCUGCUAACAUCAUCACUGCACUGCCACAACAGUACAGCUCAAUGCCAGUCAUCUCCGCUAGUUGCCAAAGUUAUGUUUGUUUGUUUUUUUCUUUUUAUUUCCUCUUUCCC